AUGCAAGCAGGGGAGGGAUCCGGGGCUGAGUCUUCCUUUUCUGCCUUCUUUUCUUCCAGAGAAACACCAAAGGAGCCAGAGUUCAAAGGGGAUGAGACUGCUGAGACCUCAGAAUCCUCUUUGCCCACGGAGCAGGAGUCCACUGAGAAUGAGAAGUCUGAGGAAGCUUUCAAAGAGGCAGAGGAGGCUGAGGAGGAACCAGGAUCAUGGGAAGAAACAUUCAAGACCCACACCGAUAGCAAGCCUAGUGGACCAACAUCAGUGGGGCUAGACUUCUCACUCCCAGGUGUGGAGAACGUUUAUGGCAUCCCGGAACAUGCAGAAAAUCUCCGGCUACGGACAACUGAGGGAGGAGAUCCUUACCGCCUCUAUAACUUGGACGUCUUCCAGUAUGACCUGUAUAACCCCAUGGCCCUCUACGGCGCGGUUCCUGUCCUCCUGGCCCACAAUGUUCAGCGCACCCUUGGGAUCUUUUGGCUGAACGCUGCAGAGACCUGGGUGGACAUCACCUCCAACACGGCUGGCAAGACACUGUUUGGGAAGAUGCUAGACUACAUGCAAGGUGGAGGCGAGACCCCUCAAACUGAUGUCCGCUGGAUGUCAGAGAGCGGGAUCAUUGAUGUUUUUCUCUUGCUGGGGCCAUCUCCCAAGGAUGUUUUCAGGCAAUAUGCAUCCCUCACGGGCACCCAGGCCUUUCCUCCACUCUUCGCCUUGGCCUAUCACCAGAGCCGCUGGAACUACAACGAUGAAGAGGACGUCAGUGCUGUGGACAAUGGCUUUGACGAGCACGACAUCCCCUACGACGUCAUCUGGCUGGACAUCGAGCAUGCUGACGGCAAGCGCUACUUCACGUGGGAUCCAAACAAGUUUCCCCAUCCCCGGGAAAUGCUUCAGCACCUGGCAGCCAAGAGGCGCAAGAUGGUGAGCAUCGUGGACCCUCACAUCAAGGUGGACAGCAGCUACCGAAUCCACAGCGAGAUCCGCUCUCACGACUUCUAUGUCAAAACCAAGGACGGCAGCGACUAUGAAGGCUGGUGCUGGCCAGGCUCAGCAGGGUACCCCGACUUCACCAACCCCGAGAUGCGUGCCUGGUGGUCCAGCAUGUUUGCCUACGACCAGUAUGAGGGCUCCAUGGAGAACCUCUACACCUGGAACGAUAUGAAUGAGCCCUCUGUCUUCAACGGCCCAGAAGUCACCAUGCACAAGGAUGCAGUGCACAAGGGGGGCUGGGAGCACCGUGACAUCCACAACUUGUAUGGAUUCUAUGUGCAAAUGGCAACAGCGCUCGGACAGGUGCAGCGAUCGGGCGGUGUGGAGCGGCCUUUUGUGUUGACUCGGGCUUUCUUUGCCGGCUCGCAACGGUUCGGGGCUGUUUGGACAGGGGACAACGCAGCUGAGUGGGAUCAUAUGAAGAUCUCCAUUCCCAUGUGUCUAAGUCUGGGUCUUGUGGGCAUCUCUUUUUGUGGAGCCGACGUGGGCGGCUUCUUCAAAAACCCGGAACCAGAGCUGCUGGUGCGCUGGUAUCAAGUGGGAGCUUAUCAGCCCUUCUUCCGGGCGCAUGCGCACGUGGACACCAUUCGCCGGGAGCCCUGGCUGUUUGGCGAGGAGAACAAAGCGCUGAUCCGGGAGGCCAUCCGUGAGCGCUACGCCCUGCUUCCCUUCUGGUACACGAUCUUCUACCACAGUUAUCGUACGGGCCAGCCUGUCAUGAGACCCCUCUGGGUGGAAUAUCCCCAGGACACUACCACAUUCAGCAUUGAUGACCAGUAUCUUCUUGGUGACUCGUUGUUGGUUCACCCAGUAACAGCCCAAGGGGCCCGGGGCGUGCAGGUCUACUUGCCUGGCAAAGGAGAGGUCUGGUACGAUGUCCGCACGCACCAGAAGCUUCAUGCUCCUCAGACCCUGUAUUUGACCGUCGUCAUGAGCAGUAUCCCCGUUUAUCAACGGGGCGGCAGCAUCAUAGCCAGGAAAGAGCGAGUUCGACGCUCGUCAGAUUGCAUGCAGAACGACCCCUACACCCUCUAUGUGGCCCUGGGCCACCAGGGCACAGCGAAAGGGGACCUCUUUGUUGAUGACGGGCACACGUACAAUUUCGAGACGAAGGGGCAGUACCUGCAUCGCCGCUUCAGUUUCUCUGGCAACACCUUAACAGCCAGCUCUGCAGAUCCCAAGGGCAGUUAUGAAACUUCAGCGUGGAUUGAAAGGGUGGUGAUCCUGGGAGCUGGGAAGCCGGCAGCUGUGUUCCUCAAACAAGCUGGUGUAGCUGAGACCCGCCUGGAGUUUACACAUGAGGCCGAAACAUCUGUCUUAACUCUCCGCAAGCCUGCAGUCAACAUUGGGGCAGACUGGACCAUUUCUUUGCGAUAAUGCUACGAGAUGGGGUGGGGGGGAGGUUAGACGCGGGAGGACACCGGAAGUGUUGGGGGACUCUAGGCCAGCCCCUUUCACUGGGGAAAGGUGCCGUAAACUCAGCUGGGAGCUCUCCUCCUGAAGUGUCUUGGGUCCAAUGUCUCAUAGUAGGCAGGCACUGAGGAGGGAACUCUCCAGUUGCUCCCUCCUUGCCCUUCAAUCCUAGCUUAGACUCGGAUUUUCAAAUGGCUCCCCUAGGUUAAUUUUUAGCAAUAUUUGCUGUAGAGUGAGGAAUCUCCGAGUCGAAGUUAGAUUGGUCUUGGUUUCCCCCUGCCUCUGUUUGGGAGAGGGGCUGGAGGGUGAAGGAAUGAGCCCUUUUCCCUUCCCCUUUCCUGACUAUGCAGUACUGGGACCAGCCUUUUGAGUGGCUGAGCCUUUCUGGGAUGGGGGGGUGGGGAAUAGUUUAUUCAAACUCCUUUUUUCCCCCUACGCAUCUCUCCAUUUUCUUUUAUUGCCCCCCCUCCAAAAAAAAUCCUGGCUAGAGUUCCAGGGCAGCGAGUGGACUGACUAAAAAAAAAAACACACAGAAAAGGUGAUUUAUGUAGGCAAGGGUUGCCUUUAAACUCCUUUCCUUGCCAACAGGUGAAUGUACAGGGAGUCCCUCUUUGAUUAUUUCCCUUAUGCCUCCUAUGCCAGCCACACACCAUAAUCGAGGGGCAGUAGAUACAGCUCGAUCAUGACCCCUCUUAUCCUCCCUAAUCCCUAAAUCCCCAAAGAUUCUUGUUCCUCUCCCACACUCACACACAUCACUUCUUCCCAAAUCCUUUAUGGUGUAAGGGAAGAUGAAUAUUUUUGGGGUGGGGAGGGGCAAAUGUUUCUAGGUGUCAGUGAAUCACUGUCACUUCUAUUUAUAUUGGGAGAGAGACAAAAGAUGGGAUCAUGUGAAAGGAAAUGGAUGCUGCAGGUUGGUUACAAAACUGCACCCUGGAUUGGGGGGAGAAGUGGGAGGAAGGGAAAUCAUAUUUUUUUCCCUGCAUCAAAACCUAAGAAAAGGGGGUGGGGGAGAAAAAGUGGGUGUACACAAGCUGCUAAGAAAAUGGGCCCUUCCCCUGCUGGAAAAAGAGAAGAUGAGCCAUCGUUGAGAGGAAACCGGCAGGGAUCUUUCUUCCGUCGCUGCAGCAUCUCUCAUUCCCUGCUUCUGGCUGUCAACUCUGCUGCCGUCAGGCCAGACCGCACGGAUUUCUUUGUGUGUACGUGGAUUUAACAUUCCUGGUUCUGGCCAGUGCUCCCUUGUUGUAUGUUUGCAGGCAAAGACCCAGAGCAAGGCUUUUAAAAUUCUCAAAACCGUUGUCUUUAAUGUACACACCCACACAACUUCUUUUUUUCCUGCCCCUCGUGAUUUCAUCUGCAAAUAGUGCUUUUACUGACUGGGUGUUUUGAUAAAAAGAUGGACAAUUAAAACAAAACAAAACUCGAAA